GUUGUGUGGUACAGCAUAAAGUUUAUCACAACCGCAGCAAACCGUACUAAAUGCAAUCAUCUAUCCGUCCUCAGUAUAUAAUUCAGUUCUGUCUGGUGUAGUUGCAUUGAUGCAGUGAUGCAGUUCUCGUCGCAUUUAGCGCAUCUGGUUCUCUCAUUGGCUCCUUCUCUACUUACGCUAUUCUGUUCUACAGUGAUAAGAGCAACAGGAGCUAACCAUUGCCGCAACUCUAGUGCUACAGCGAGUUCUGAUCCAUUAUCGCCGGAUGAAACACUGUUUGCUCACUUGCGAUGCUUCGAACUGUUUGCCAGCAAACAAUCUGAUGAUCGGGAUCGUGAUGCCUACAACUGGUUGGGAUCGAACGAGAGCUAUCUUCAGAGGACAGAACGAACGUCAAGUUUUGUGCACUGCGUACUGUGUCGCAUGCGGCUGUUUGAUGAAUCAAACGUCCGCUUCAAUGUGGACUUAAUCAGAGCACAAUACAACGAGUACAAACCAUGGCUGAACCUAAGCGAAGAAGCUGUCGGAAGCUUUAUAAACGAUAUAGAAGCACUGGGCCAACUAAACAACUCAUCGGAAGAUGUCUUAUACGAUGCCUUUGAACCACUAUUUCGCAAUCACUCUACGGCCUUCUUUCAACUCUUCCUGCGAGAUACAGCUGUACUACAAAAUAUGCAUCACGAUAAGGCACUUUCAGUUCGCAAACCAAACCAAACGGUGGUACAGUUUUGUGAGCUACGUAUGAGUGCGGAACUGUGGCAUGAUAUCUGUCACAUACGAGCGUACGAGAUAAGCAACCAUACAGACGCGAUGGAGCGGCACAUCGCCUGUAUAUUCCGUGGCUUUCAAUAUCUGGAUCGGAAUAGCUCUAUUGAUGAGGAAGAAAUUGGACGAGAUUAUGAGCUUAUAGGACGCCUAGAUGAGGAUACAAGAGAGUACAUCCAGCAGUGUGCUAUAAAUGCAACACAAGUGAUGGAGAUCCCCAAACGAAGUCUUGCGAUGUACAGUUGUCUGUUGGAUGGAACCCACAGCGAUGAGUUUAAAGAGGCCUUCGAUUAUCGUGAAAUUCGUUCCGGAAAUCUAACAUUCAUCCUGAAGAAUCUCCCAUACGAGAGAGAUCAGGUGAAGCAACAAAUAUUGGCAUUAGAUAAGGAGCAUUGCAACGAUCAUGAACAACUGGCUGGUAGAUUUACGAUUAAUUAAUUACUACGAAACUUCGAUUUCUACACGAUUUCCACAAACAUUCUCCCAACGAUACUGAUGUCAAGGUGAAACCUUGAGUGCGCAACCAGCCACAUCACUCCUGCAAGAAGAAAUGUGGGCGUAUAGAAGCGAUAUUGCACCAUCAUUAAACGAGCGACACAGGUUGAAGUUUUUACUAUCGUCCAGUCGUUCCCCAUGUCCACCAGUAAAUACUUUCGAGCAUGGUUCUCUUGGCCGAGGGCUUAAAUAAACCAUAAAACUCAACUUUCAAUUAAAAA